CGCCAUUGGUCGUGCCGUGCCACGUGAACGGCCUACGGUGGAGGUCUACGAAGUCGACUAAGUAACCACGAUGGCACAGUCAGCUGCCUAAGGUCCGGUUGGCCAGUCGCAGCCAGCGAGCUUUCUCCACAAGGUAGACGCGUGUAACAAGCAGCCACCACCAUGGCGGACGAUGAGAGGAAGCGCAUCGAGGAUGAAAAGAAGAGGAAACAGGCGGAGACCGAGAGGAAGAGGGCGGAGGUCCGCGCCCGCCUCGAAGAGGCUUCCAAAGCCAAGAAGGCGAAGAAGGGUUUCAUGACCCCCGACAGGAAGAAGAAGCUUAGGUUGCUGUUGCGUAAGAAAGCUGCCGAGGAAUUGAAAAAGGAGCAGGAAAGAAAAGCAGCCGAGAGGAGGCGUAUAAUCGAGGAACGCUGCGGAAAGCCGAAGAAUGUCGAUGACGCCAAUGAAGUGGAGUUGAAGCAGAUUUGCCACAUGUAUCACGAACGCGUCUACCUUUGUGAGGGUCAGAAGUGGGAUUUGGAGCGUGAAGUUCGGAAAAGGGACUACGAGAUCUCGGACUUGAACAGCCAGGUCAAUGAUCUCCGAGGUAAAUUCAUGAAACCGACCCUGAAGAAGGUAUCUAAAUACGAGAACAAGUUCGCCAAGCUCCAGAAGAAAGCCGCCGAGUUUAAUUUCCGUAAUCAACUGAAACAAGUCAAGAAGAAGGAAUUCACCCUGGAGGAAGAGGACAAAGAGAACGCGUCAAAAGAUAAGAAGAAACCCGACUGGUCGAAGAAGGGCGAGGAAAAGAAG